GAAACACGGAAGUGGACUGUGUUUUGGUUUCUAUCGCGGCGGGAAAUCUCACGGAGACACGUGACCAUGCCGUCCAAGCAGCAGGAUGUUGCCAAAUCUAAUAUGUCCCCCGGACUCUUCUUGACCGCGGACGGUGAACCCAUGUCUUUCUUCCUACGACCGGGUCCCGUCAAACGCAAGCUGCAGCCGCUCAUCACAUCUGGAGGAGGGAUGAUGUGCAGUGUCCAGCAGCCAGGAGCCAUCCUGCUGAUUGACAAAGAUGAUCGAGGCGCUAUUCCUGAAACUGCUGCUCACUGGUAUGUGACCAUCAGUUACAUUUAUGACUGUAUCGAGAAGGGUAAACAUCUAAACGUUGAGGACUACAGGUUAAAUCCUGAAGACAUCCCGAGACAUUCUGCUAGACGCGUCAAGAAAGAGGGUUCUUCUGUUCUCACAGGCAGGGCUCCCUAUUCCGCUGACGAAGAUGCAGCCAUUUUGAGUUAUGUCAGGAAACACAGGAGCGAGACGGGGGGAAACCGGCUCUGGCAGGAGAUGCAGAAGCAGAGUGUGACCAGUCACAGCUGGCAGUCGAUGAAGUAUCGCUUUAGGGUCCAAUUGGCCCAGAAGUUGUCUGAAGCUGAGGAGGAGAGAACUACAGAGGAAGAGACCAAGAUGGAUGAUCAGCCCGCAGCUGCAAGCUCACAACCUGAAAAUGUCGACGCUGAAACAUCGAACGUCUCUCAGCCCGAGGAGCCUCGUGUGGAUCCACAGGAAGAGGCCCCUAUUCCAGCUGAUGGCACAGAACCAGAAGCAGCAGAGACACAAGCAACCAACUCUCCACAGAAAGAAAAUGUGCCAGAGGACUCCCCAUCCAGCUCUAUAACCCCCCAGAAAAAGAAAGAGAAGCAGGAACAAAGACCACAGCGUCGAUCAAUGCGCAGGCAGCUGGAGGCGUCAUCACCGCAUGAACCUUACGGCAAAAAACUCAAAUCUUCCUAUUCGGCUGAGAAACUGUCCUCUCCUAAGUCUGCAAAGAAAACAUCAACAGACUCACCGCCUUCAAAGAGAGUCAGAAAACUGAGUUCGGCAGCAGAGGCAGAGAGUGAAGAAUUGGAGAGUGUAGAAACUGUCAUCGCUGAAACGCCACAACCAGAGGAAGAGUCAAACUCGUUGGAGAAAGCAGAGAAGGGAAAAGGGAAGAGGAAGUUUGGGAUUCUGGAGUUGGCUACAAAGGAGUUUGAAGAUGAAAGUGAGUCUUCUGAGGAUGAAGCUGCAGAUCUCCAUAACCCACUUGUAAAAGCAGCGAUACCGACCACAUCAGCAGAACCACGUCUUCAGUCCUCAGACACGACUGCAGACCUGGUCUCUGUACAGUCCCGACCUACUGCAGCCCUCCAGGAGGAGGCUCAACAGACCCAGGCGGUCAGCAGUUACAGUGCACCAGAGAAGGGCCGCCCUGAACCUGGUCCUGCAGCUUCUGACCCUUCAGCUUCUGGUGCUGCAGCUUCCGAUCCAGCAGCUUCUGGUCCUGCAGCUUCUGGUGCCGCAGCUUCUGGUCCUGCAGCUUCCGGUCCUGCAGCUUCUGAACCUGAAGCUUCUGGUCCUGCAGCUUCUGAUCCUGCAGCUUCCGGUCCUGUAGCUUCUGGUCCUCCAGCUUCUGAUCCUCCAGCUUCUGAUCCUGCAACUUCUGAUCCUUCAGCUUCUGGUCCUCCAGCUUCUGAUCCUCCAGCUUCUGAUCCUGCAACUUCUGAUCCUUCAGCUUCUGCUACUGCAGCUUCUGAUCCUGCAGCUUCUGGUCCUCCAGCUUCUGAUCCUCCAGCUUCUGAUCCUGCAGCUUCUGGUACUGCAGCUUCUGAUCCUGCAGCUUCUGGUCCUUCAGCUUCUGAUCCUUCAGCUUCUGGUCCUUCAGCUUCUGGUCCUUCAGCUUCUGGUCCUGCAGCCACAAAGGCUUUGCAUGCAGCCUCCAGGGCCCACCUUUUCAUAUUUGACAGUGAAUCUCAAGAAGAAGAGUCCCAGCCCCUCACUGGUGACAAUGCGACAGCUCUGUCCAAACCACAGCCACUAGUGAGGAAAGACACUGCACCAUCGCUGACUCAGAUCCAGUUAGAGGAAGACAUGAAGCAACUCAGCGCUCUUAUGAACCAGACAAAUCAGGACAUAGUUAAUGUGACCAAAGCUCUGUUGAGGACCAGUGGAGAUUUCUCUGCUGCGCUGGAUCUGCUUUUGAAUCCGUCCACCAUUCAUGGACCCGUGUGGAUUCGCUCUGAUGACGAUCUGUUGAGCUCCGCUGAUCCUGUGGUCCGCCAGCAGCUGCAGGAGAGGUACGGUGAGAAGGAGUUGGCCAAAAGAAUAGUGUUUCUCGAGCUGGAGAGAUGAAGGAGAAGAUCUAGAAAUGUACAUCGAAUAACAAGUAUGACAGUAUGACAUGUCUUAUUUAUUCAACUUCUUUCAAAAUGACUAGAAGAUUUUCUCCGCAGAAUUUUCAUUAAAUCAAGUUGGAGAAAUUUGAGGAUUAAAAAAGACUCUGAUUUAAAAAUGUUAAGUUUGUAUGUAAAUGACUAA